CACACACACGCUGAAUAAAUGAGUCACAACUCCCACAUCAAUAACAGUGGAGCCAAGAUGGCGGCGGAGGGAGAGUACGAGUCCAUCCUGUGCGUUAAACCCGAUGUGCACGUUUACCGGAUCCCGCCGCGGGCUUCAAACCGCGCCUACAGGGCUGCUGACUGGAAGCUUGAUUCUCCGGACUGGUCCGGUCGAAUGAGGAUCACAGCCAAGGGCAAAGUGGCUUACAUCAAACUGGAGGACAAAAUGUCAGGUGAGCUGUUUGCUCAGGCACCAGUUCAGGAGUAUCCCGGCGUCACAGUGGAAACAGUCAGCGACUCCAGCAGAUACUUUGUUCUGCGGAUACAGGACGACAACGGUCGCAGCGCUUUCAUCGGAGUCGGCUUCGGGGACCGAGGAGACGCCUUUGACUUUAACGUGUCUUUGCAGGAUCAUUUCAAAUGGGUCAAACAGGAGAUUGAACUCCGUAAGAGUUCCCAGCUCGGGGAUUCAGGACCUAAACUGGACUUGGGCUUUAAGGAGGGACAGACCAUCACACUCAACAUAGGGCAAGGUAAAAAACGGGAUAAACCCCGCCCACCAAGCUCAGGUGGGUUUGGACUCCUCCCACCACCACCUGGAGGCAAGAUAGCCCCUCCUCCUUCGUCAGGCUCAUCCAAUCACAACAUCGUCCCUCAGACAGGAGACACAGCAACAGGCUGCCUGCUGGAGCUGGACAGCAGCAACUCCAACACAGUGGUUCAGUCAAACCCGAGUUCAGAUGUGUGGGGAGACUUUUCUGCUCCUGCAAGCUCCGUUCCAGCUCCAUCUCAACCACAGAACUCCCCAAACUGGAUGCAGUUCUGAGCCCUCUGCGGUGUCGUCGCUUGUGAUUUCCAUCCCACCUGCAUCUGUGUCUGUAGCUUCUCGUGCAUCACACCGAGUGUAACUCCCACACCCCCGAUCCGGCAGAGGCAGUAAAACACAUCUCAGAUCUGUCAAAGUAAAACGAUUCAUGACAUCAUUUCACUCGGAUAGAGUCGUGGUUCUUUCAGAAGGGAAAGUUAAACAUCACUGUGUCAAAGCCAUUACAUGAUAUGAGCCAUUUCCAACAAUAUUCAAGGGCUACGUGUGACGUCCCGAGCAGCAGGUGUUCCUCUGCUGUGUAGGCAUCUCCUCGCCAGUAGAUGGCGCUCUGAGCAGCGCUUAAGCUUUGAUCUGGAAUGUUUUUGUCACAGCAGCAGCAGCUCCCCCUGCAGGCCAUGCAGAGUACUAUCUCAAGACUUGACCUGCGUUCUGUGACCUAUGAAUAAGUGCAAACAUUCAAAGUGGGCCGAGUUCUUUAAUGUUCAAGCAUUUGCACUUUGUACAAUCAUGUAGAAAUUUAUAUCCGCCUUCUAUUUUCUACUGAAGUCGAGGUUUUGCUGAUUUAAUGACUCGUUUCAGUAAAAUCCUCAAAAUCAGAGACGCUUUGCAAGUUUUUCCACAAAGAAAAUCUCCACACUCGUUCCCUCGUUCCCAACCUCUCACUGUGAACUCGAGUCGUUCAGCCUCAGACUGGAGGAAUCUUGUCUGCACUUAAAAUGGCUGCUGUUGGUUGAAAGUGUUAUUUGAUUACAUUAUGAUAAUGUAAUUUAAACAUGUAAACAUGAUUUUCUUUAUUGGCUAUAAAAAUUAACCUACACGUUUAUCAGAAUCAGGAAUUAUCAGUCGUGCAGUAUUGUGAUGGGUAGACAGAAUGUUGUUUUCAGAAAUGCACAGGGAACAUUAACAUUCCUCCCUGUCAUAUUACAUCUAUUCAUGGCUGUUUACAGUGUAAAAUCAUAUUUGUGCUUAUUAUCAGCAAGAUUACUGAGCUCGUUAUGGGCAAACUUUGUUGCAACACUGAAAUUUGCCAAAUACAACAACGUUCUUUCUUUCUGCAGAAAUGAAUACAUGAGCUGAAUCAGAGCAGGAAUGUACGACUCAUAGUGAAAACCAGUUCCAUUCCCUCAAGCUCAUUUUGAGCUCACCAGAGGGGAGCUGUAGUGUGGGGGUGCUCGUUAGUUAAAUCUUAGCUUCACUUUCUGCAUUGAAUAUUAAUAUCACCCAGAUUUAAUGCUGUUGCUGCACCCCCCAAACAUUCCUCCACACACAACCAGUUUUAUGUUGGAGGAGAAAAUGAGGAGACUCACCAUCUUGUUCCAAUGAGACGGUCACGACACCGAAGUCAGUAUAUUGACAGAUUGAGCAGUGGGAGGAGUGUGAUCACUACAGGAAGUGCACGUGCAUUCAAUUUACCUGCUUUUUCAUGUUUGUGAGGCGGCCAUGAGGUAAAAAUGUUUAGUGAAAGCAAAGGUCAGAAAUAAGAAUAAAUCUUUAUGGACAAUGCAGGAAUUCUCGACGUUUACAGUUUCAGAUGUAGAAGUUCUCAACAUGAGUCUAAUGACAGAGGAUCAGGACACGCUGAGGAAAAUAUUUAGCACUUAAAGGAGUUUUGGGAAAUAUAUUAAAACGCUUUCUAGCUGAGAGUUAGAUGAGAGGAUCGGUGUCACUCAUGUCUGAGCAUCAAAUAUAAAGCUGGAGCCAGCCGGUGGUUAGCGUAGCUUAGCAUUAAGCCUCUAACUGGGCAAACAAUUAGCCUGGCUCUGUCUAAAAUUAUAAAACCCACCUACUGGCUCCUCUGAAGCUCUAAAUGCUCCAUUAUUUUAUUUACAUUUCCCUAAAAGUCUCAGGACUGAAGGCGAAAGAAGGAAACGUGAUGAUUGUUACCUGAGGAAUGUCUUAACGGCAGCGGACGAUAUGUUAACGUGAGGUUUUAGCUGAUUGUGUUUACAGAACUUUGCAUGUGAAGUGUCAAACAUUUCUUGACUGUGAAUUCAUAUUGUUUGCAUAGAUUUUUAUGGUUUGCUGUGAUCAAAUCACAAGACGUGUAUUAAAUUGGCAGAAAGAUUUAGGGCUGAUGUGUGUGUUGUGUUUACAUUUCUCAUAUUGGGCAAAAUAUAAAAAAGCGUUGUCUCCCAUUUCUCACUCAUUCCACUCUGGCUGUAAAAUCACUGGACUAACACUUUUGAUUUAUGACCAAUUUAAUGAGAAAGAGGCAAUAAAACCUUUCAAAGGA